AUGCUGCGUCGUACUAUGGCUCGCUAUCUAUGUUUGACGCAAGUUUUGGUUCUCCGUGAUAUCAGCAUUCGUGUGAGGCAGCGAUUUCCGACAUACGAGAGCGUCAUUAAAGCAGGCAGUCCCUUAGCCCAUUUGUUACAAUUAUCACUUAGUUAUAUGACUAAAGAAGAAUAUGAUAAAUUCAAGGACUACCAGCUACAAGAAGAUUACAAUAGUGGCCGCUACUGGGCACCAUUGAACUGGGCAUUUUCUCUGGUGAUGCAAGCUCGCAAAGACGGCAAAAUAAAAACCGACAUUUGGACUGCCAAAUUAUUCGAUGAGCUGCGCAAGUUCCAGAAUUCAAUGCAACUGGUGUGCAAUUAUGACUGGGUGCAGAUACCGCUUGCCUAUCCACAGGUAACCGUCGGGAUGCUUUUUUAUUGUGGAUUUUUGAUCUGCGUUCAUUGGCUUUCACCCUUUGUGUCACCGUUCGAACCACUUCCGGCCGUUCCAGUCUUUUAUGGGGAGUAA